AUGUCUUCCAGACAAGAAGGCACCUACUCCGUAUCCAACCCCAAUUCCCCGCCCACUCCAAUCGACCUGCCAACCUACUCCCGCUGCAUGUAUCAACACAUCAAGAGACAAAUGGAGGCUGUGUCCCGUUCGUCGCAUCUGCGCUCGCAACAUCCAAACCACACUCCGGCGCCGAUGCAAAACAGCACUUCGAGUCCGAACGAGGGAGGUUCAGGAAAACCCGCUGGAGGUCAGGAACUGCCGUGA